AUGACGGCGGAAAUAAAGCCAGCAGGUGGCGUACAGAGCUACUAUACGUCGAAAAUAGAGGAAUCUGAGUUAGCUAUUCACGAACGCACGCAAAAUCUGAGAAGAUUGGAAGCCCAGCGAAAUGCAUUAAAUACAAAAGUACGGCUGCUUAGAGAAGAAUUGCAAUUGCUUCAAGAACCAGGCAGUUACGUUGGAGAAGUGGUAAAAGUAAUGGACAAGACUAAAAUAUUGGUUAAGGUGCAGCCAGAAGGUAAAUUCAUCGUCGAUUUCUCUCAAGAUAUUAAGCUUGAAGAUCUCAAACCCUCAUUGAGAGUUGCGUUGAGAUCGGAUAGCUAUACGCUUCACAAGAUACUUCCUAACAAGGUUGAUCCAUUAGUCUCACUUAUGAUGGUCGAGAAGGUGCCUGAUUCAACUUAUGAGAACGUUGGUGGAUUAGACAAGCAGAUCAAGGAAAUCAAAGAGGUUAUUGAAUUGCCAGUCAAGCAUCCAGAGCUAUUCGAAUCUUUGGGUAUUGCUCAGCCAAAGGGUGUUUUGCUCUAUGGUCCUCCAGGUACUGGUAAAACAUUGCUUGCAAGAGCCGUUGCACACCACACAGACUGUGCGUUCAUUAGGGUGUCUGGCUCUGAAUUGGUUCAAAAGUACAUUGGUGAGGGAUCUAGAAUGGUGAGAGAAUUAUUCGUUAUGGCUAGAGAUCACGCUCCAUCCAUCAUAUUCAUGGAUGAGAUUGAUUCCAUCGGUUCAUCAAGAGGUGAAUCAGGCACUGGUGGUGGUGAUUCUGAAGUACAGAGAACUAUGUUAGAAUUGCUUAAUCAGUUGGAUGGAUUUGAGUCUUCUAAGAACAUCAAGGUCGUUAUGGCUACCAACCGUAUUGACAUAUUGGAUUCCGCUCUAUUGAGACCAGGCAGAAUCGACAGAAAGAUUGAAUUUCCACCUCCAGGCCCUGAAGCUAGAAUAUCAAUUUUGAAGAUUCACUCAAGGAAAAUGUCGUUGCAGCGUGGGAUCGAUUUCAAGUCAUUGGCGGAGAAGAUGGGUAACUGCUCAGGUGCAGAGGUGAAGGGAAUAUGUACAGAGGCUGGUAUGUAUGCGCUAAGAGAACGUCGUCAACACGUCAGCAACGAAGACUUUGAAUUGGCAGUUUCCAAGGUAUUGAAGAGAGCUGCGGAGACUAACACAUCGUCAAACAAGCUGUUUACUUAG